UCCCUUCAAAAUUCUCCAGAACCACCUCGUCUAUCUCUUCACACGAUCCCUGCCGCCAGACAAACGGUUAUCCAUCACUCUGAGCCGGCCUCGUAAUCCAUCUCUUGCCUUCAAGCUCCCGUCAGGCAAAGUAAGAAUGAGCGCGAAAAGAAAACGCCCGGGUCCGGCUGCCGAUUCCGCCGUAACAGAACAUGAAAAGAGUGUUCAUGAAGUAAUCCGAAGCAAAAAAGACAUGGGCGUGUCGCAAUGGGAAAUUAAACGAGAAAUUAAUCUUGCCGAAAACAUAAUCACAAAAUGUAUUAAGUCACUUGUAUCUAAGAGUCUCGUAAAAGAAGUGAAAAGCAUCCAAAAUCGGGGUAGGAAGCAUUACAUGUCUGCCGAGUUCGAGCCGUCCAGCGAAAUAACCGGUGGGGCAUGGUACGUUGAAGGCAGCCUCGAUACGGAGUUUAUAAACGUCUUGAAAGAGCAGUGUUGGAGGAAGAUUUAUGGCGUGAAAGUUGCUACUUUGGAAGGGAUUGCGGAUGCUAUUAAGAGGAGCAAUGUUUGUCAAAUCGAGUUGACAAAACAACAGGUCGAAGAAAUUGUGAAGGCUUUGGUUCUGGAUAAUGAAGUUAUGGAAGUGAAAAGUACCGGAACCGGGGAGUUUGCUUCGAUUCCAGUCGGGAAAGUUUGUUAUAAAUGCAUUGGUAAGAGAGGUUAUGGAGGAGAACCCAAGCUUGGCGCGCUGGCUUUCAUUCCUUGUGGAGUUUGUCCGCAGAUAAGUCGUUGUACCCCUGAUGGAAUAAUCUCUCCUAACACCUGUGCUUAUUACCAGAAAUGGCUUGAUUUGUAGUUUGAUUGCAUGCUUUAGAGUUUUAGAUAUUUGAUGGACUUGAGUGAAUGGCCUAAAUUCUGCAACCACGAAUGUCUCCUAUAUUCCAAGUUUAUAUUCUAAACUUAUAUACAUUGCUCAUUUGAUUUUUUGGUUAUUGCUUGUUUGUCCACUUGAAUAUCCGAUUCUUUCUGCGAUCGUGAACUGAUCCUUGAUGAGGAAUGGAGCCCGAGACCGCCUCUUCAAUCUCUUUAUGUUUUGAAAGCCUUAAACAAGUAUCAUCUGGUAAUACAUUGUAGAUAGUCUUCUGAAUGGAUAAGAACAUGCUUAGUACUACUGCAUUGUUUCGGAGUUG